CGGUGCCAUUCAAAAUAAUGUAAACAUUGGCGUUUUUGCCACCUUUAGCUCUAUCCUUGUCUUUCAACAUCGUCUGCUAGGAUGCUUCAAGUUUGGUUAUACGCUUCCACUCCAUAGACUAUUACCUCCAUGGGUAGGAUAGGUCAAUGGAUUUGACAUAAAUAAAGGUGACGGCCAUGCUGGUCAUCAAGCACGACCAUGACGACAGCGACGGGGAGGAGAUGGACCGGGACUCCCCCGAGUCUGACAAGUCCACCUCCAGCUGCGACAGCAGCGAGCCGCCCAGCGACUCCGAUGACAGCUCAGAGAUGGACGAGGAGGAGUGCGACCGGCGGAGGACGGAGUGCCUGGAGAACCUCAUGGAUCUGGAGCGCCAGUUCACGCUCCUCCGCGAGCAGCUGUACCGGGAGCGAGUCCAGCAGGUGGACAGCAAGCUGGAGGAGGUGAGGGGCGGAGGGGCCCAGGAAUACCUGCAGCCCCUGCGACAGCUGGAGCAGUCGAUGCAGGAGCAGAAGGAGGUGGCCGGCUGUCUGCGCGGCCUCAAGCUGGAGAACCUCCGCAACAUGUACGAGGCGGAGGAGCAGGCAGCCUUCCAGAACUUUGAGAGCGACAAGGCGCUGCUGUGGGACAGCCUCCACGGGGAGCUGCAGGAGAAGAUCCGCCGGCUGGAGGAGGACCGCCACAGCGUGGACCUGGAGACUGACCUGUGGCUGGUGGAGCGGCGGCCUCAGCGGCGGGGCAAGGCGGCGGACGGCGGCCGCCGCAAGCCCGUCUCCGUCGCCGGGCCCUACCUCGUGUACAUGCUGAGCGACGAGGACAUCCUGGAGGACUGGACGGCCAUCAAGAAGGCCCUGUCCGUGUCCAAGCGCAAGACGGACCGCGAGUGGCACAGCUUCGUGCUCUAGCCUACCCUCGUCACAGCUCAACCCCUGGGGAAGUGUAAGCGAUGAUAACCAGGAACUACUAGAGAGUUCCAUUUAUGACACUUGUGCGUUUCAUUGCAUUCUAAUUUUGAUCAUCCGCUCAUUUGUCACGUUCUGCAUUAAAAUAAAUUAUUUUGGUUUUUUUUUUCA